AUGGCCGACGAACAGACUGUCGCCGAGGGACAAGCUCCCAGUUCCAACAGCAGGAACAGAGCGGCCGCCUCCGUACAGGCCAGGGCCCAGGAGGUCCUACAGGAAGAUUACGACAAGGCGAGAGGCCUCGUGGCCGACGCUGCUAAGAGCAAGUCGUACCUGUACCCCAUCAAGGGUAUCGUCUACUUCGCGACGCACCGAGCGCUGUGGAAGCCCCUCCUUUCGCGCAUCGGAGCCUACAUCAUCCUAUCCGUCGGUGUCGUGACGGGCAUGUUCGUCUUCACCUACGUGCCACAGCUUGCGAUCCUCGUCUUCGUCAACGGCCCCCUGGCCGUCUUCACCACCGUGCUGUUGAUCUUGAACGAGAGCUCGACCAUCAUCAACUUCGUCUCGCGAUCCUACCUGCUUCAAGAGGCGCUGCUGGAUACCUUUGAUGGCACCUUGCUGUCCAGAGACGAGGACGGCAUCGUGAAGGAGGGUCGGCAGGUUGGGCCCGGAUCCGACCCGAUGCAGAAGUUGGGCAAAAUCCUCAAGAACCCCUUCGAGAAGUACAGCCCUAAGGCCCUUAUCCGGUACCUCGUCUACCUCCCCUUGAACUUCAUUCCCAUUGUUGGAACUGGAAUCUUCAUUCUUCUGCAAGCCCGCAGCCGAGGCCACAGCGUCCAUGGGCGCUACUUCCAACUCAAGAACUGGUCUUCUUCCCGAAGGGCCGAUUGGCUCAAGAGACACACCGGACCUUACACCGCCUUCGGACUUGUCGCGACUGCCCUCGAGAUGAUCCCCUUCGUUAGCAUCUUCUUCACGUUCACCAACACCGUUGGUGCUGCCUUGUGGGCCGCCGACAUCGAGUCCAAGAACACGUCCAUGACCGACGGCACGGCUCCCACCCUUCGCGAGACGGCUAAGAAAGCCGAGUAG